CUCUCCUUGCUCAUUCCCUCGUAUCAACAGCAGGCGGCGGAGCGAAGGAAACCGUUUGUCAAAAUGCCGGCUGGGCAUGGACUGCGCUCGAGGACAAGGGAUCUCUUUUCCCGUCCAUUCAGGAAGAAGGGCUACAUUCCCCUGACGACCUACCUGCGCACCUACAAGAUCGGUGACUACGUCGAUGUCAAGGUGAACGGCGCCGUCCACAAGGGUAUGCCACAUAAGUUCUACCACGGACGCACUGGUAGAGUUUGGAAUGUUACCAAGCGAGCCAUCGGCGUCGAGAUCAACAAACAGGUUGGUAAUCGGAUCAUCAGGAAGAGGAUUCAUGUUCGUGUAGAGCAUGUCCUGCCUUCUAGGUGCCAGGAAGAUUUUCGUGCAAGAGUGAAGAAAAAUGACCAAUUGAAGGUGGAAGCAAAGGCACGGGGUGAGAUCAUCAGUACUAAGAGGCAGCCUGAAGGCCCCAAGCCUGGUUUCAUGGUGGAAGGUGCCACAUUGGAGACUGUCACACCCAUUCCAUAUGAUGUCGUUAAUGAUCUCAAGGGUGGUUAUUAAUAAUCUUUACAAUCUCAUUUCAGUUGUAUCGGUUUUUCAUAAAACCUUUAUAUUCGUCCAAGAUACUUGUGCUGGCUGAUUUUGUAAUGUCGCCUAUGUGGGGAGAGAUCAAUCCUGGUGUUCCGUUCCCCUAUUUGCUUGCAUCAAGCAUAUUUUGACGGUCUAUCGUUGUCUUCUAUUUUCCUUUCAGCUUGCAAUAGUCGGCGGCAGUCAUAUUCAUGCCUUUUAAUCAUGAAAGCUGAUAUUUAUUUGUUA